UGUUACUGGCGACUGUCAGUGUAUUGUACUACUGCAUCGGGGUUUGUGUACCGUCACUGAGGUUAGGCGUAAACCGAUUCCCGUGUGUAGGCCUCGCGCGUCUCUGCUUAUGCCUGAGCUGUAGCCGCCGAUCUGCGCGCAGCGUGGGUGGAUCCUCGAUCGAAAGUAUAUACACGGUUUUUAUAACCGUUUGCGCGAGUGUUAGUCUCUUCGUAACAAUAAAAGUCGGUCCAACUCGGCGUCUCUUACCAAAUGUUAAUGCCUCAAAAUUAGAGAGUUACGGAAUUAUACAGCAUAUAGAAUAUCUCUUUGAGAUGAGAGAUGCUGACUGGACCGAAGGAUUUUCUCCGCGUUAAUUAAUCUUCUCCGUAUCGUAAUUAUUAGUGUCAUAGAGUGAAAGGGUUAAGAAACGAGAUAGAACCAAAUUAUACGGAGUACGAGAUGGCGAAAUGGAAUUCAACGUCGGUAGAACUCGGAAUUAUCAUCCUCGUAAUGUGUGUUUCGGCGUACGCUUUUAACCUUGACGCAAGAAUACCUGUUAUCAAACGAGGACCAGCGGGCUCGUAUUUCGGUUAUUCCGUUGCCGAGCAUCAGGAACUGCCAGAAGAAGGCAGCGGUAAACCAAGAAGCUGGAUGUUGGUUGGUGCUCCCUUGGGACAGAACAAGCAACCGCAAACCAAUAGGUCGGGUGCCCUUUGGCAAUGUCCUCUGAGCACUGUAACAGAGGAUUGCACUCAAGUUAUAACUGACGGACGUGCUACGGAAGAUGGUCUGAGCGAUCCAAGCUUCGAUUCUAAUAAACUGGAUCCUCCCAAACCUGACGAGAUCAAGGAUAACCAAUGGCUCGGUGUCACUGUCAAAAGUCAAGGUGUCGGUGGGAAAGUUAUGGUUUGCGCUCAUCGACAUGUCGUCAAGACUCCAGAUUCCAGAUGGGGACAAGGACAAUGUUAUAUUUUAACGCACGACUUGAAAUACCUCGAUCUAAAAAGGCCUUGUGCUGGAAAACCGACUACCAAAGCGCACGAACAAUUUGGCUAUUGUCAAGCUGGAACAAGCGGCAUAUUAACAUCGGAUGAUCGAGUUGUUAUCGGCACACCAGGACCGCACACCUGGCGCGGAACCGUUUACAUUUUCAGUGUUUCCGAUGAAUUUUUAACACGCGAUAAUACCGCUUAUCACGCGCCGAUGCAAGACGCUUCGCCCGUCAGCAAAUACAGCUAUCUCGGCAUGUCAGUGACCGUUGGCAACUUUUUCGGCCGUGAUUUGGCCUAUGCAGCAGGUGCUCCCCGUGCAAAUGGCACGGGCCAAGUAAUAAUUCUCACCCGCCAACAUCUCAGACCCGACAUGGACGUAACUUUGACUUUGGACGGUGAACAAUUCGCUUCAAGUUUCGGUUACGAAAUUGCGGCUGCUGAUGUCAACGGUGACAAAAUUACUGAUCUCAUAAUAUCCGCACCGUUUUACUUCAACAAAGCCGAAGGUGGAGCAGUUUACGUUUACACGAAUUUGUGUAAAACGAAAAAGGAGAGCAAUGAAUGUAAACCGACGAAACUCGUAGGUCGUGAAGAAUCGAGGUUUGGCUUUGCUCUCGCGAAUUUAGGUGACCUUAACAAGGAUGGAUUCGAGGAUAUCGCGAUCGGUGCGCCUUACGAGGGAAAAGGAACCGUUUAUAUUUAUUUGGGAUCGAAAAAAGGAUUAAUCACUGUUCCGUCGCAGGUUAUUCAUGCGGAAGACACUCCAGUUCCUCUCGCAACAUUUGGAUACUCGUUGAGCGGUGGAAUCGACAUGGAUAGGAAUGGAUAUCCUGAUCUCCUCGUUGGUGCUUACGACGACGACGCCGUGGCUCUGUUUCGAGCGAGGAAAAUCAUUGAUAUUACGACUUCGAUACGUUAUUUAAAGAAAAAUGGUACUUAUCAGGACAAAAUCGAAGCUAUUGACCCCAACAAACUGGGAUGUACGGCCGAUCCAACUUCGAAUUACACUUGUUUUACGUUUGAGGCUUGCUGCAGAACGGAAUCGUUAACGAAAAAUGAAGACAUGCAAUAUCUGCAGUUAAAUUAUUACAUCGAAGCUGAGACUUAUUCGGGUGUUAGAAAGUUCUCCAGAGUCUGGUUUGGAUCAGGAAAAACGAAAUCUCAUUAUGUGAAUCGCACGGUCAGUUUAGACCCAUCGAAACUCGUACACUGUCAACGAGAAACAGUUUAUCUGAAAGAAAACACGAGAGACAUACAGUCUCCGAUCAAAUUUCGUCUUAAUUACACUUUGGUUCAAGAAGAACCGAUUAUGCCACUUGAAGGCCGUCCUCUUCCGGAUAUAAAAAAUUAUCCUAUUUUAAAUCAACAAGAAGCUGCCAGAAUUUUCGAAGCCACUUUCCAAAAAGACUGCGGCGAUAAUGACAUCUGCGAGAGCGAUUUACAAGUUGAAGCUCGAUUGAACUUGUCCGCCUCAGCAGUAAAGCCCAAUUUCUACGAACUUUUGUUGGGCGAAGUAGAAGAAGUUGUGGUUGACGUGAAUGCCGCAAAUAUCGGCGAAUCCGCAUACGAGGCACAAGUUUUUAUCGUACAUUCACCGAGCUUGAAUUACAUUGCGAGCAAAAGCAACGAAUCGGUUAUUUGCAAUCUGCACAAUUCAACAACGGUCGUAUGCGCAAUUGGAAAUCCAUUCAGAAAUUCGAAAGCUGUUAAUAUUCAAGUCAGAUUCGAUCCGAAAGGCGUCGAGGAUGACGAGCCUCAACUUGGUUUUGUUAUUUUUGCUAAUUCAACAUCCAAGGAGGUUACUGAAAAAGAACCAACCAAAUUACACGCUGUUGUACUUAAGAGAGCUGAACUUUCCAUCAAGGGGAGCGCCAAAACUCAAUGGGCCUAUUAUGGUGGGCCCGUCGUCGGCGAAUCAGCGAUAAAACAUUUGAACCAAAUCGGGCCCAAAGUGUCACACAUUUAUCAAGUUUUCAAUGAAGGUCCCUGGAAAGUUUCAAGCGUCGAUGUUCAUAUUUCGUGGCCUUACGAGGUUGCCAAUGACAAACCUCAUGGGAAAUGGCUUUUGUAUCUCGAGGAAAUGCCUACGGUGCAAGCUCUCGGAGAUCUCGGAGACUGUACCCUUGCUCCUGGCCACGUCGUGAAUCCAUUGAAGCUUCAAGGUAGCAUGAGCAUGGAUGAUUUUGAUCCAUUAUUUUCGACGACUACAUAUCCGCCAAUAACUUAUUACCGAAAUCGUACUUACAAUCAUAUUAGAGAGAGGAGAGACACCGAAAAAGUGGUGAAUACAAGAACCAUCAUCGACAACGAUGGGCAUCGUCAUCAAGUAGUAUCGAUGAAUUGCAAAGCUGGGACCGCUAAAUGUUUCGAUAUAAAAUGCACCAUUUACAAUUUGCAAAGAAAGCAAGAAGCAACGAUCACGGUUAAAGCGAGACUUUGGAAUUCGACCCUAGUGGAAGAUUAUCCGAAGGUUGAUAUGGUGAGGAUCGGUUCAAAUGCAAGGAUCGUUAUUCCCUCAAACGUUGAAAUCCAACAAGAAAACAUGAGCGAUGACCAAGCGAUCGCUGAAACAAUUGCUUAUCCCGAUCUUUUGGAUCAACAAGAAGGCGAGCCGGUGCCUAUUUGGAUAAUAAUCGUAGCGAUAAUCGCGGGUCUGUUGCUGCUUAUUCUUUUGAUCCUCGUGCUAUGGAAACUAGGCUUUUUCAAGAGACGUCGACCAGAUCCUACUUUGUCAGGUAAUCUUGAGAAGCACAGAGAAGCUGAUAAUCCCGAGAAUGAAGCACUUUUCAAACAUUGAGAGAGUCGAGAUAAAACAUUAGAAAACCUCGACAACGUGAGCUUUAUAUAUAUAUAUAUCUAUAUAUGAGAAAAGCAGCUGCAGAUGAAGUAUCACUGCCAUAAAAUAAAACACCCUGAGAAAUCUAAUCGUCCAACCAGUGAGCUUGAGAUUUGAAUAAUCGAGAUCUGGUCCCUGACGAAGAAAAAAAUCAACUCAAGACUGACAUACGCACCGGUACUAUAUUUUACUACUGAGGCCAAUAGAUCAUUUUUUAAAAUCUCUCAAUAUCAAGGACGAGUAGAAAUAACAAAAAUCACAAAAAUUAUUUUUAUUGAAAUAAUUGUAACGUACGAUUGUUCGCAUUUUUGCGAAAUUAUCUUUUUUUUUAAUGAAUUUCUCUUGGAAGGAAUACAUUUUCUUCUUGUUAACGAAAUAUCUCAAAAUGUUCUGAAAUAUUUAGAACUGACUUAAACCUUCUGCUUGUCGUGGAGUAUAUUACGUAGAUUAAUCGUUGCGAAACAGCUCCUGUUCUCGUCGUCGAUCGACGGUAAUUGCAUUUAAUUAUUGCACAUAUUCAUUUUAAAAAAUUGUCAAACUUGAUCGUGUAGAAAUAAUUGUCGAUAAACUUUUGGAAAUGAUUUUUUUUAUUUUCAUCAACGGUUUCAUUUGGAUCGCUUCAAAUCCGUUGGUGAAAUGUGAAACUAUAGCGAGACAUGAAAAUAUCACGUAAGAUACACGCACACUAACUUAACUACUCGUGUAAAAUACUAUCAUUUUACGCGACUAUCGGAGACUUAUUUUUAAUAUAUAUUCUAUAUAUAUAUAUAUAAAUUUUUUUUCUUAAUGGAAUUUUUUAUGUCCAGCAUUAAUUGCGAUUUAUGAUUGAUUCGAAAAACGUUUCGACUUAAGAAUGAAAGUUGAUUCAGAAUGGUUCAACUGGCGACCUGAAUUACGGAUUUUACUGAAAAUUGUUAUUCGUCUAAUUUUAUUGUUUCCGAAAGAAAAAAAAACGAUUUGUAAACUUUUAGAAUUUUAUUAAUUUUUCUCGUUUGACUCGUAUCUCGAUAAAUCAUCCAACCAUAAAACUUGAAACUAUUUUUAUACGAAAAACAAAAGAUGCAACCAGUGUUAUUGAUGCGUGUUAAAAAAAUAGAAAUUCUAGGAAGACGAGCUUAUUUAAAAAAAUCGACUAGAUUUAUUGUUGACGAAUUGCAUUCAUGUCGUGGCAUUGAUUUUCUUAUCGGGCCUUUUUUAACUUGGGGGUAUAACACAGACGAGUACUUAAAAAUCAACUUUACGACGUCGGUUAACCUAAUUCAUACAUUGUUUUUAACGAUUUUAAAUCAACAUUUCUCGUUUUUUUUCUCUAACGAGUGUUAAUUAUCGACAAACAUUCCUUCAAAUUGACUAAAGUCUCUGCAACGUUUGAAAAACCUUGAACUAGUAAAUAAUUAAAAUAAUACGCAAAUGGAAUGAUACUUAAGUGCUUUACUUUUAUGUAAAUUAAUUAAUUAAGCGAUUAAUUAUUCAGAGUCUACUUAAGAUACAAAAAAAUGCGACGAAAUAAUUUGAAAAAUCAUAUAAACUGUAAUCUCGAAAAAUAGAUCAAGAUUCACAGAACCA